AUGCCUAAUAUUAUAAAUGAGGUUAAAUUAGACUUCAAGGAUGUGCUACUCAGACCGAAAAGAAGUACUCUGCGUAGUAGAAAUGAUGUGGACCUUUAUCGUGAGAUAACAUUCCGGAACUCCGGGCAGACUUACCGGGGAGUGCCCGUGAUGGCGAGCAACAUGGACACCGUUGGGACCUUCGAGAUGGCCAGGGAACUUUCCAAGCAUGGACUUUUCACCUGCAUCCACAAAUACUACACUGUGGACGAGUGGAAAAACUUCGCCAACGAACAUCCGGAAUGCUUGGAACAGAUGGCCGCCAGCUCGGGCACCGCCGAGGCGGACUUCGACCGCCUCUCGGAGAUCCUCAACAGCGUCAAGGAGCUGAAGUUCGUCUGCCUGGACGUCGCCAACGGCUACUCGCAGCACUUCGUCGAGUACGUGCGCAGGGUCCGCGCCGGCUUCCCGACGCACACGAUCAUCGCCGGCAACGUGGUGACGGGAGAAAUGGUCGAAGAGCUCAUAUUAUCAGGAGCCGACAUAAUUAAGGUGGGCAUAGGGCCGGGUUCCGUUUGCACCACGCGGAUCAAGACUGGGGUGGGCUACCCGCAGCUGUCGGCCGUCAUCGAGUGCGCGGACGCCGCCCAUGGCCUCAAGGGCCACAUAAUAUCCGACGGCGGCUGCGCCUGUCCCGGCGACGUGGCCAAGGCGUUCGGCGCCGGGGCCGACUUCGUGAUGGCCGGCGGCAUGUUCGCCGGCCACGAGCAGUGCGCCGGCGAGGUGGUGGCCAAGCCGGACGGCAGCAAGGUGAAGCUGUUCUACGGGAUGUCCUCGUCGACGGCGAUGCUGAAGCACUCGGGCGGCGUGGCCGAGUACAGGUCGUCGGAAGGUAAAACCGUGGAGGUGGAGUACAGGGGCGACGUGGCGGUUACCGUGAAGGACAUCCUCGGCGGGCUCAGGUCCGCUUGCACGUACGUGGGCGCGGCGAGGCUCCGCGAGCUGCCGCGCAGGGCCACCUUCAUCCGCUGCUGCAGGCAGGUCAACGACACCUUCUCG